AAGAAAAAACAACAACACAGUACUACUACCUGCUGGAACUCGCUCUUCUCCCCUCCUAAAUUUAGAAAACAACACUUAUCAGGUGAGACCCUAAACAGUAAACCAGAAGGGGAAAAAACCCUAAUUUAUCUCCUCUUUCCUUCUAACUUUGGUUGGAUACUAAAACCCUUUUCAGAAAACCAUCAAUUUUCUGCAAUGAACUAUUUUGCUUAGAAAAAAGGGACCUCAUUUUUGUGCUCAUUUUCCAUUUCUUCUCUGUUAGGAAUGAGUUUCUACAGAAUUUUAUGAAACCCUAAAAUGAUCUUAAUUCUUGAUUGGGAUCAUUAUGCAAAUGUCUUCGACCCCUGUUAUGACACCAUCUCCGUUAAUGGCAAGUCAAUCGGAUUCAAACAACAAUCAUCAGACAUCAGCUUCUCUCUCUUUAGGGUUUCUUUCUUUACCACCUUCAUCAUCAGCUCCACCUUCUUCGCAUCAUCACCACCAUCAACAGCAACAGCAACAAAGUCAUAGUAACAGUAAUCGUUCUCCCACAUUAAUUUAUUCUGAUCAUCAACAUCAGAACCAGAACCAUUAUCAGCACCAAAAUCAAAAUGUUCCGAAUGUGAUUCUACAAAAGGCAAUUGCAACGGCACAUCCAAUUAAUGAGAUACCAAUGCCAGUUGUGACACCUGUAGCUAGGGUUAGACUUUCUGACAUUAUGGCUUAUGAUGGAGCACCCGGAGUUAUGUAUAGUAGAUCGGUAGAAGCACUUUCCGGUUCAUUAAUGAGACAUAAUGCAGUUGUUAUCGAACUUGGAAGUGAUGAUGCUGCUUUAAUUAGAUGUGGGUUGGAAUCGGCAAGGUUGUAUUUUAGAACAAGGGCUCAGAACGGUGGUGGUGGUGUUACUGGUGGUGCUGGAAAUUGGGUUAAACCCAGUAAAGGGGUUUAUAUGUACAGAGCAGGAAGGGCUUUUGAAGAUGGUGACUCGUCCCCCCCAUGCAUGGCUGAUGUUUUUAGAUGUAUGGGAAAGGCUGCUCGUGCUGCUCUAUGUGCAAUAGCUAGACAUCUCCGUUUACGUAGCGAUGUUUUUAAUCAUUUACUUGACGAUACCCCAUUGUCUGCGAAUGAGGUAUCCUCAUCCGUGCUGGUUGCAGCCUCUUCUCAUACUUCCUUACAAAAUGGGAAGAGUGCUUUUGGUGGAGGAAAACCAUCCAUGAAUAACGAAAUUGAGAAAGGACUGCUGACGCUAAUCGCCUCAGAUAGUCCUGGGAUUCAGGUUUGUGAUCCAAAUAGUCGUUGGUACCUCGCUGAUGGAGGAUCCAGUCCUGGGGAUCUUUUGCUGCUGACAGGGAAGGCACUCAGCCAUGCUACUGCUGGACUUCGUCCCGCAGCUUCAUAUAGGGCAGCAACUGACUACUCUUCAAGCAGCAGUAGUAAUGGACGGGCAUCACUGGCAUUUAGGCUCAUGCCUCAAAGCAAUGCUAUAUUAGAUUGUUCUCCAAUCGCCAAAGCUGGUCAUGUAACUCCUCAAAGCUAUGUACCAAUCUCCGUAAGCCAGUUCAUGGAUGACCUAUCUGCCGAAGAAGAUGUAGCAUGCAACCAUCCUGUAAACAAUUAUGAAGUACAAAGGAAUUCGACCAAGGAUCCAUCCUUAAGAAGCGUUCUUUCAGAUCCAUUAUCUGGUGCGUUUCUUGAAGAUGCUGUGGUUGUUUCGUGUGGGCAUUCGUUUGGUGGUCUCAUGUUGAGGAAGGUCCUUGAAGCGUGCAGAUGUAGCCUUUGCAAUGCCGAGAUUGACAGUGGGUCUUUGAUUCCUAAUCAUGCCUUGAGAGCUGCAGCUGCUGCUGUGAAGCAUGAGGAUGACCGAAGACUUUUCCACAGUGCAGCUCUCCGGAAACGCCGAAAAGAAGUUGGUGAAAACGUGGAUACGGUGAAGAGGCUAAACAUGGAAAAUGUUGAAAUGAGUACUGAAAGCGAUGGCCAGAUGCACCACAGAGGGGUCCAAUAUCCAUUUUCUGUUAAUGAAAAAGUGGUAAUAAAGGGAAAUAAGAGGACUCCGGAUAAAUUUGUAGGAAGAGAAGCAGUCAUCACAACUCAGUGUCUCAAUGGCUGGUACCGCUUGCAGAUUCUUGGAAGCGGAGAGAGUGUUAGGUUACAAUAUCGUUCUCUUCAGAAGAUCUUGAGUUCUCAGGCAGCUGAGGAUAGGCGCCCAUCUCAGUCGAUGAUACCAAACAGUAGCUGAUUACAACGUAGUACUGGUCCAGAACGCAAGCCUGUUGUAAAAUAUGCAGAAAUGGCUUAAAUUUGGAGGAUGACACCAAGAUAUUCUCUUGGCAGAGACGCAGAACUGAGAAACCUUAGCAACUGAAAAGAAGUUUGUAAAGCUGCUAAGCGCAAAAGCAGAAAGCAAGAAAAGGAAACCAGAGGAUCGUUCUAAUUCCAUAUGAAUCAGUACGGAGAAGCGUGUGCCCAUCACUCCAGCAGUGAAGAGGAGAAUUUUUUUGACACAAGAUAAGUUAGGUUAUUUUAUAUGUUCUUCUGUAUCAGUUGAUGGAAAGAGAGAUUCUGGGGGAUGUGAUCUCAGCUGUACAUUUUUGAAGACAUUUUGUAAAAUGUUUUAGAUAAAUGAAAAUUGUGAAAUAUGUAGAAUCCAUUUGCUCA